AUGAACCAGCUCGUCAUAUGGGUCACGAAUGCUGGUGUCAACAUUGCGCAAGACGUAGUCAUCUUCCUCAUGCCAUUGUCCAUCGUUCGGGCCCUUCAAAUACCCAAAUCACAGAAGGAAGGCUUAGUGGGCAUGUUCGUGCUGGGCGCUAGCGGCACCAUGGUCUCCAUCAUCCGACUGUAUACCUUGGAUGACAUCGCCAACUCGACCGAUGUUUCGUUCGACAACAAAGAUCACGCGACACUAUCUGCGGUCGAGGUGAAUGUAGGAAUCAUUUGUGCUUGUCUACCAGCUAUGCGACCGCUCUACGCUCUGAUAGCACCGCAUUACUUCUCGACGGCGACACAAUACACCGACCAGAGAGGCUUCGAUAUCGAGCGCCAAAAGCCUGGAGCUGGCCCACGAGCGAGCGUCCGGCCUGGUACCGCGGCUGCGAGGACCAGACCCAACACGGCACGAACGACCAUGACUCGUCCUCCAACCGCCACUACAAGAACACCCAACACGGCUAGGAAUACUAUCAUUCGACCCAACACUGCUACCACAUUGACGAGACCCAGCACACGGUCAUCGUCGCGGCCAAGCACCUCGCAAGCCAUGAAGCUCGAGACAUACACUCCGCCGCGGGCAGAUUCGGUCCAAAGCGAUAUAGUGCCCCUUCAGCCACUUCCAGCGACGCUGGCCCGGACCGCAAGCGGCCGCUUCUCCAUCACGAACAGCCGCCCAACGACAAUCCGCAUGCAUAGCUACAACAACCACUCCCGCAACGCAAGCACUAGUUCUGGACGAAGCACACAGAGCACACCACGAGGACGGUCUGCUACCCGUUUCCAAGGAAGCAUUGAUCCUCUCCGCAUGUCGCCUGUCACACCCUUCAGCCCACCCUUCCCCGCCCCUCUACGAACCGUUUCACCGUUGGCACUGGGUCCCAAUGCUCGGCAAUCAAGCAGUCAGCGGACGCCAUCACCACUGCCACCACGGACGCCUGUGCCGGGACAAGAUAAACAGCUCCCUCUUACGCCUUUUCCCGUUGGAUCCGCAGACUGA